CUCAUCACUCUGCCUGCCGUGUAUCGUUUUGCUUCGUCUCAGCACUAGCUACACGCAUAAAUUUUUAGCGAAAAUUUAGAAAACGAGCAAACAGAAGCUAAAAAAAGUGCAGCGAGUGUAAAUUGGCAUACAGUUUAACAAUUACAUUGUGUAAUUACACUGAUUGCAUAGUUAUUUUCGUGCAUUUAGCGCCGCAUACUUAAUCGCCCCGCACUCGCACUAACACACACGCGCUGAGUGUUUUGUGUGUGUGUGUGUGUGUGCCCGUGUGUACAUGUGCAUGUGUGUGUAUAGGUGACAAUUUUGUUGCGUGGUGCCGGGUUACAGUUAAAUAUUACAGAAUUUUUGUUGAUUUGCGAGCGCGCGCAUAUAACUGUGGCAUGAAAUAAAAACAACGCCAUUUAGCCGGCACAGUUAAAAUCAUUUAACGCUAGCGUGUGUGCAACUGAUUUCAGCCUCAAAAUGAUGUUCACGGGCACCAAUCAGCAGCAGGACACGCGCUUCAGCGACAAGGAAAAGAAGCUGAUGAAGCAAAUGAAAUUCGGUGAUUGCCUCAAUAAGCGUGUUGACAUGUCGAAAGUUAAGCUCGAUGUGCUGCGCCCUUGGAUAAGUAAAAAAAUCACUGACAUUCUGCACAUUGAGGAUGAUGUCGUUGUUGAGUUUGUUUACAAUCAGCUGGAGGAGGAGAAAUAUCCGUGUCCCAAAAAAAUGCAAAUCAACAUGACCGGCUUCCUCAACGGCCGAAAUGCCCGCCAAUUUAUGGGCGAGCUGUGGGCGCUUCUGCUCUCCGCUCAGGAGAGUGACAGCGGAAUUCCUGCAGAGUUUAUACAGCAGAAGAAGGAUGAGAUACUCAAGCGUGAGGAGGAGCAGCAGCAACAGCAAAAGCAGCGCCAGCAACAGCAGCGUCAGCGUGAUCUCUCACGCUCUCGUUCACGCUCCAGAUCCCCAUCGCGCUCACGGGAUAAGCCGCGACGCCACGACAGAUCCAAAUCGCGCUCCCGCAGUCGUUCGAACUCCAAAAUGGCAGCAGCCUCCAAUAACGGCGGCAUUCCUGCGGUGCCCAUCAACAGUGCUGCCCGCGAGGCGGCCGCAAAUGCAGCUGCUCGCCUACGCAAACGCGGUGGUGGUGGUGCUGGAGGAGGCGGCGGCUCACCCAGUGCAACGGGAGGCGGAAGCGGCGGCGGUGGGACAGCAGGAGCUGCAGCAGGCUCAGCGACAGGUGGCAGCGGUGGACGUGCUACAUCGCGAGAACGUCGUGGUAGUCGCCGGCGCUCACAUUCCCGCUCUCGUUCCAACCGCUCGCCGCAACGAGCAGCCUCCACAGACGCUGGAGGCGCUGCUGUCAAGACUUUAAAUGGACGCCACUCGGUCCAGAAAUCAUCGCCAGCCCUUGCAUCCAAAUCCAAAACAAAGGCCAAAUCGCGCUCACGUUCACGCUCGCGUUCAACGCGCAGUCGCUCCAGAUCCCGAAGCGGAGGCAAAGGCUCGCCAAAGGCACGUUCUCGUUCGCGCAGCUCCUCGCGCUCCUCGGCGCGCAGCAAUCGGCGUCGUCGCAGCUCGCGUUCGCGUGCCAGCAGCAUUUCGCUGUCGCCGGAACGCCAACAGGAUCAACAGUUUGAGCAUCGACGCAACAAGAACAGCGUGCAGAAUAAGCGACAAUAUCGCAGCAAUCGUGAUGAUUCCGCCAGCUCCAUUGAGCGAGGCGAUGGACGUGCCAGGCAAUUCGGUGGCGGUGACAGAGGUGGGGGUGGCAGACGACCGCCGCCACAUGGCAGACGCUUCUCGCCGCGCGGACGCAGUCCCAUGCGCCAGGAUAAUGGCGGUGAUAGACGUUUUCAGCGCUCCAAUUCGCGUCGUCGUUCGCGCUCCCGCAUGUUAUCCAGAUCGCCGAUGCGCUACUCCAGAUCACCCAGGCGAUUUAAUAAUCGCCGACGUUCGCCGCCGAUGCAUUUCCGCGGUGGCGGAGGCGGUGGAGGAGGAGGAGGCGGUGGUGGUCGUGGUGGCGGCGGUGGAGGUGGUGGCAGAGGUGGCGGCGGCAACCACCGAAAUAUGUGGCAGCAGCAAUACCGUGGCGGCAGUCCCAAUCAGCGGGGCGGCGGCGGUGGACGGAUCCACUGGCAGGCCAGGCACAAUAGUCCCAAUGGCGGGCGGCGCUUCGAUCGGCGUCAGUCGCCGCCGGGUGGUGGUGGUCAGCGUCGUUAUUCGCGGGAUCGCCGCCAGUCACCCGGACCGGGCGGUCCACAGCAGCAGCAGGGACAACAGUUCCGUAAGCAGUUCUCGCCUGGACGUCGCUUCGAUCGGCGUGGCUCGCCGCAGGGCAACUACAAUCGCUGGGAUCAGAAUCAUCCCGAUCAGCGCCAGGCCAUGCGCAGUCAACAGCAGCAGCCGCAGCGCAUGCGUCGCUCCAGCUCGGGCAGCGCCAGUCCCGUUGCUGCACGCCGCCAGCCGCAGCGCAGCGUCAGUCCAUUGGCCAGGAAUCGUAGUCGUAGCCGCAGUCGCUCCAGCGGCCGACCCUCGAAGCGCAGUCGCAGCCGCAGUCGCUCCAACUCGCGACCUCAGCAGCGACGUCGUCCCAGUCCCGCAGCAGCAGCGCGUCGUUCCGUUGAGUUUACCGGGCCGACUGUCAACACCAUUGAUCUCUGUCGUGAAGAGCCGCCGCAGCCUCUGGAGCAGCAUCUAGAACAGCAGCCGCCGCAGCGCAAAUUCGAGUCACAGCAGCCAGCGCAGCUCCAGCCACCGGCCGCGCGGUCGCAGUCAGCGCGGCGCAGCUUAGCCAGCCUCUCGCGCACACCAUCGCCGUUCCUUAAGUCGCACGAGCGCAACGCUGCCGCAGCACCAAAGAAGGCACGCGACAACAGCCAGAGCAGCAGCUCGGACAGCAGCGCCGAUGAUAGCGACGACAGCGAGGAUGAGCGGCGGACGACGAAGAAGCAGCAGCAGCGCCAACGGUCGCGUCGUUCGACCCAUAGCGGCAAAAGCAGCUCAAAGGCAGCAAAAGCUUCGGCGGCCGAGCCGAGUAAAAGCUCUAGCAGCAAGGCCAAGGCCAAGUCGCGCAGCUCGGGCAGCAGCAGCAGCAGCGAGCGCAGCGACGACGACGAUGACGACAGCAGCGAUGAGCGCCACAAGAAGUUGCAGCUGAAGCGCAGAGAGGAAACGACUGCUAGCCGAAGUGAACGGGAGAGGGAGAGGGAGAAGGAUAAGGAGAAAGAGAAGCGUCGCAGCGGCGACAAGAAAGUACGGCGCAGCGCGUCCAGCGAGGAGAGAGUGCCGACAGAGAAGCAGCGAAGCUUGGACAGAAGUCGCAAGCGAAGUCAUAAGAAAUCCCGAAGAGAUGGCAGCGCCGGCAGCGACUCGGAAUACGAACGUUUGCCUAAAAAGAAACGCAAGAAGUCAAAGAAAGCGGCCGAUAGCAGCGACAGCGAUUCGGCCUCUGAGGACGAGUCGACGUCGAAGAAGCGUAAACAUAAGAAACAUAAGAAGCACAGCAAGAAGAGCAAGAAGCAUAAGAAGCAUAAGCGAAAGAGCAGCAGCAGUGCCAAGCAUAGGCAGGAGAGCAGCUCGCAGAGCAGCGGCGACGAGGAUGAUGAGCAAGCGCAUGCUACGAUGAGGGGUGCAGGCAAACGGAACGGUAAACUUCCGUUGAUGAUAACUGGCGGCCCUGGCAUCAAUGAGGAUCUGGAGAAGCAGCUGCGCGAGCGUGCGCUCAAAUCAAUGAAAAAGUUGGACUGAGCAACGGCAACACCUACAUCAUCAUCAACAGCAA